CGAAUCCAAGAUCACAACUGCCGGUCCAUGCUAUGCAGAAAGCCCUGUUUUGAUUGCUUUCCCUCUGGAUGGGUCCCCAGGGAGGAAAAAAAAAAAAUCUUUUACUCAUAGAAACUCGACAAUCAUGGCCAUUCCGGGAGAGCACGACCCAUCUUCCCCAUCGCGUGAAAGAUUCUCCAGCUUAGCAAAUCCGUAGAUCUGGCACAGGCGCUCACCGGCUCCUUGCAGGGUUGGAAGGGCACGCGGACGGGAUCUUGAUUGUGUAACAGCUUGCCGGUUCACAGGGCGGCUUGUACCGGCUAAUGUCACCUGAACCGUAUCUACUUCCCACCUGUCGCCAUAACACAUAUUACUCUUCACCACCUUCAAUAGACUUCAAAUAUUCUUAGUUAUAUUCAUCUUCCAGAGUUACCUCCCAUAUCUACACUUAUUCUUUUCACAAAAACACCUACCCCUCCUUGCAGCCACAACCAAGAUGAAGGCCGCCACCUCUCGCCCUUCGGUGCGGGCACUGUGCAGCUUCCCUCCGCCGUCUUCUUAUCAGACUGCAAGAUUCGUUAGUCGCACAAGCAAUGCGAAGUCAUCUAUCGCAGCUGAGACCACCAACGGCCUCUGGCAUCAGGAUCCCCAGUCUCCCAAGAAGGCACCGGCCUCGCCACUCGCGAAGCUGCCACUUUCUUCCGUCCUCCGUUCACUACUGAUUCUCUCCGUCUCCUCAUCCUCUGUGCUUUUGAAGCCAUGCAUCUAUACCCUUUCGGCUCUCGCGCAUCCUAAGACGGCUCUCCUAGAUGUUGCGAAGAACCCCUUCUUGAACUUGCUCGUCAAGCACACUCUAUACAAGCAGUUCAACGCCGGCGAAAACAAGCUUGAAGUCCAGCGCUCUAUCAACGCAAUCAAGCACUUGGGAUACCGCGGAGUACUCCUCGGUUACGCCCGUGAAGUCCUAGUGGGCGAGUCUAACGCCGACCCCCGCGAUGAGAAGGCCAGCCGACAGGAGAUCCAGAUGUGGAUGGACGGCACACUCCAGACCGUAGACAUGGCUCAGGAAGGCGACUUUGUGGCCCUGAAGUUCACUGGAAUGGGCGUUCAAGCACUCGAGUACCUCCAGAAGCAGGCCGCUCCCUCGGCUUUCAUGGAUGAAUCCAUCAAGCAAAUUUGCGACCUCGCCAUCUCACGCAAUGUGCGGUUGCUCGUGGACGCAGAGGAGCAGGCCGUGCAGCCAGGAAUUGAAGAGUGGACUAUGAGAUACCAGAAGUACUGCAACUCGCGCACUCCUGGCCGUGCUGUCUUCUACAACACUUACCAGGCAUAUCUGUGCUCCACCCCCGCCACGCUCGCCAGACAUCUCGAAAUGUCUCGCCAGGAAGGCUACACGUUGGGUGUCAAGCUCGUCCGUGGCGCUUACUUGAAGACCGAACCCCGACACCUGAUCUGGGCUAAGAAAGAAGAAACCGAUGAAUGCUAUGAUGGCGUCGUUGAGGCUCUUCUUACCCGUCGCUACAAUAACAUGCUGAAGUCCGCUUCUGCUGAACACGCCACUGAGCUCCCACCUGUCAAUGUCAUCAUCGCCACGCACAACCGGGAUUCUGUCCGCAAGGCACACGCUCUUCGUCUCCAGCAGGCCAGCCAGGGCCAGAACUCCAAUGUGGAUCUCAGCUACGCUCAACUGCAGGGAAUGGCCGACGAGAUCAGCUGCGAGCUGCUACAGGGUUUCCAGAGCGCCGAGGUCGAAACCGCCAAGGCCCAGCCCACUGAAUCCCCCAACGUGUAUAAGCUUCUUACCUGGGGCUCCGUCAAGGAGUGCAUGGGUUUCUUGCUCCGCCGGGCUGUGGAGAAUACUGAGGCUGUUGGACGCACAAAGGAAUCCCAGGAGGCGAUGUUCAGCGAACUCAAGCGAAGGGCUCGUCUCGCCUUUCGUUCCAGCAACUAAGUUAAGAGAAAUCGGUUUACUUUGUUUGAUUUUGUCCUGGUAUAGUUCAGGGCUUGAGCGGCGUCGGUGGUGAUUCUCUAGAUUUACGGAAUGCAUUAGAUAGCGUCAGCAUUGCAACUUAUGAUAAUGACAUGAACAUUUUUUUACCUUCGC